AUGCCGGUGGAGGCAAUGAUAGAGGACCUAAUGGAUUGGUUUUGGAACUUGGCUUUAUUUUCCCUCCCCCUUGUCGGAUACUCGUUGUUUUCAAAACUGUUUGGAAGCACCGAGAAGAUACAUGGAAUAUACACCAAACCUGAAUGGAACUUUAUUCUGAAGAAAUGGUAUGCUUUCCUGUGCCUCACACGGCGAAAGCGUAAGAUUCUCGACAAAUUUUCAAAUAACAUUUUUGCUUCUAUCGAAGAAGAAGCAGUGGAAAAUCCGCAGCACCUUCCUCACGAAGAGAGCAUUGACAGCAGGUCUUUCAUUGGGUGUGAUGUAAAAGGAAAUGCAGUUUGGCUGAAAAUUGUCAGAAAAAAUCACAGAUCUGCUGAAAUAUGGAUUCAUCUGCAUCUGUCAAAUGGUGCUAUCUAUCAGUUACUGUUCCAUCCUCAUACAUUAACUCGCAGUGACACUUCAGACACAUGGAGUGGUGGAGGACUGAAAUUCCAAAUCUGUGAACCAUUUAUGCGAUGGAGGAUUACUUUUAAUGGACUGUUAAGGUGGAAAGCAUGCAGCAACCCCUUUGAACUUCCAGGAGAUAUAUCAACUAAGAUGCUUGCUGAAGCUGUUGCCAGGGAGCCUUGGAGAAGUGGGGACUGGCUGAGCAUGCUGGAUGAACUAGGUGAUGGCUAUGAGCAGUGGGGAAUGGUUUUUGGAACUGUGGAGACAGAGGAAGGUAAUUUGCAUGAAAUCCAUAUGCAGAGUCUUAAUAAACAUCACUGGGGUCUCAACCCUGCAGUUUGGCAACACAGGAGAAUUACUUUCAAUGGAGUUACAAAGGAGGGAUUUAUGUUCUCUCUAACAGCAGUAUCCAGCAUUGAAGGAGUUACUCAUGCUACAUUUGGUCAUGUGAGGUUGCCAAAUGGGAAGCAGUUACCUGUGAACUGGUGUGACUUGAGAUUACCAGAUAUUGCUGAACAUUCAAAGUGCAUACCAGAUCAUUAUGUCUUUAGGUUCUCAGUAUGUCUUAAUUAUUACUCUCCAGCAGUAUCCAGCUUACCCAAAAAAUUGUUAAAUAUAUGGUAUGAUGGUGACUGUCCAGAUUUCCCCGUGUCACUGAGUGAUCAUCUUCUAGAACCAGAAGUGGAAGGAAGCAAUAUGGUAGUUAUCUUUUCUGAUAGGGAAUGUCAGAGCUCCACUAUAGUUGGUGGCAAAGGGGCCUCAUUAGCUCUUCUUUCAUCUGCUGCAUGCUCACAGUUCCAGGUGCCUUCUGGUUUUUGUUUGACAACACAUGCCUUUGAUUAUCAGCUACACUGCUCUCCAGACCUGAAGAAUGAAAUAAAUAAGUUAAAUGACAUGUCUUCAGAAUGUUCUCCUGAGGAGUUGAAAACCCAAUGUGAAAGGAUUUCUGAGGUAUUUGAAAAAACCUCUAUCUGUGAUGAAGUCAGACAAGAAGUUUUGAAAGUACUGUCCCAGUUUGAUGUAUCUGUGCGCUAUGCAGUUCGGUCAUCUGCAGUUGGAGAAGAUUCAGAAGAUCUUUCUGCUGCAGGUCAAAAUGCAACAUUUUUAGGAUUGAUGGGAGAGUCAAACAUCUUGUUGGCCAUUCAGAAAUGCUGGGGAUCAUUGUAUAUGUACCAGUCAGUCCAGUACAGAAGGCAAAAUGGACAACCCAUAAAUGCUAAUAUGGGUGUUGUAGUGCAGCAGAUGAUUCCUGCAGAUGUUGCAGGUGUUAUGUUUACAUGUCACCCAGUUACUGGGAACCCAAAGGAGGUACUUAUAACAGCAAAUUAUGGGCUUGGGGAGAGCGUAGUGUCCGCAUCAGCGGACCCUGAUACAAUUAUCCUUAUGAGAAAUGGCACAGACAAGCUUUCUUUGAAGAGUUCGGUACCUGGAAAGAAAAAACAUCGCAUUGAUAUGAAUGAUUCUACAGGUGGGACUGUUACAACAGAAAUUUCUGUUGAUACCUUAGUUAAUGAACUUUGCCUCUCACCAGAUGAAGCAAUUGCCUUAGGAAAGAUUGGAAUUCAGCUGGAAUCAAUGUUUGGUAGUGCCAGAGAUAUUGAGUGGGCCAUUUACAAGGGAAUUAUUUAUAUUCUCCAAGCUCGACCAGUAACUGCGCUGCACUCUUGGAGUGAUUUUGAGUUGCUUCAUGAAUUGGAUAGCCCAGUGGCAUCUGAAGAGGAAUUUUUUACUACAGCAAAUUUGGGAGAAGUAUUUCUGGAGGGUACUUCACCUCUGAGUCAGUCAUUUGUGAUACCAUUGCUCAAUAAUGGUAUGAAGAAGGUCAUGCGGUCUUACUAUCUUGAUCAGUUACAUCUGUCUCAUCAUCAUGCUUUCAUGAAUGUUUUAAAUGUGAUAUUACGGGAACCAGAGGCUGACAUCAGCAUUGCAAAUAAAGCUACUGAACUAGCUGUGUUUGGACACAGCAUCAUAACACCUCAAAUGCACAGAAUUGCAAAAGAGAGACAUGGAACACCAAAUAUUACAAGACUUUAUGAUUAUAUUAAGCGUGUGGUUUUCAAUAAAUGGGAAUUAAAGAAGGCACUCAAACUCCAGGAUGAAUUUAAACUUAAAGCCAAACACCUUAAUACCUUGGAACUCUAUAACAAGAUCCGAAAUGAUGCGUUUGUUCUUCAAGAGGUAAUAAAAUGCCACUCAAAUACAUCACAAGUUAGUGUCAUUUCACAAAUUGUGUCAAUGAUAGUACUAACAGAAAGAAGCAAAGAUAUUAGUGUUGAUCAUGCAAGUGACAUUUCACUGUUUUUAUCACAAUGCUGUGAUGUUUUAUCUGCAGAAAUACCAGUAGCUCUCAAGGAAAUAGCAUAUGACAUUCUUUCAACUGGUCGAGGAGAUGAGUUCUGCAGUUUGCCUCCACCAUUGGCAGUUGAAUGGCUUGACUUGAAUUCAGGAAAAGUUCGACAAAAAUAUAAUGACUUCUUAUUGAAACAUGGGCAUCGCAGCCUACAAGAAUUUGACCUUGCUACAGAAACUUGGUCGAUGAGACCUCUGACUAUCAUAGAAACUCUCCAAAGUAUUGUCAAACAAGGAAGAGAAACAUCUAAGGAGUUAAAUCAGAAAACUACCAAUGCUGCAGAUGUCAUUCGUGGACUCAUUUCAGUCAAACAAGAAAGAACUAGGAAAAUCCUCAGCUGGCUAUUACCAUGGUGCCAAAAAUCAGUAGCAAUCCGUGAGACAACAAAAGCAUGUGUCAUUAAAGUAUUGCACCAAUUUAGAUUAGCAUUCCGUGAGCUGGGACAACUUAUGGUAAAGGAAAGCAGGUUACCAGAUGCAGAGCUGGUAUUUUACAUGACAUUUUAUGAAUUAGGAUAUCUUUUAAAUACAAGAGAUCCAGUAAUAGUCAAUAAGGCUGUCAUGAGAAAACGUCACUUUCCUAAAUGGUCGAAGUUGAGGUUUCCAGAAAUUAUUUCAGGAUUGCCAGUGCCGGUUAAUGAGAAUCAACAUGACUUUGAACAUCAACUGAAUGAUGCUGUGACAGUGCAAGGAACUCCUGUGACACAAGGAAAUGCAUGUGGCCGGGCUUGUGUUGUGCCACAUUUGAAUCAGAUAUCUCAGCUGCAGCCAGGUGAUAUCCUGAUAACACAGUGCACUGAUAUUGGAUGGACACCUUACUUCCCUCUACUUGCUGGAGUUGUCACUGAAAUAGGUGGUCUGAUAUCUCAUGGAGCUGUCAUAGCAAGAGAAUAUGGCUUGCCUUGCAUUGUUGGUGUUCAGAAUGCUACCAAACUGUUCAAAACAGGUGACAUUGUACUUUUGGCUGCCACUUCUGGUACACUCCGGAAGGUUGCGGAAGGUGAAUCAUAGUUUGUAGGUGUGUUGAGUAUGUGGAAAGAUAUCAGAGAUGUGUGAAUUCAUACUGAGGCACAAAAACUUCAAUGGUAUUAGUAUAUGUUACCUAUUUUCUAAUGGAAAUGUUAGUAAAUUCUUGUUAUCCAUUCUUGUUAUCUACGCAGCAAGCUU